UGAUUCUACUGUAUCAGGACGGACUGACAGAUUGACGGCAGUAUAAUGAUUCACUCCAAUCAGUCCAUUCACUCCAUCUUCUGCUGCUGCUGCUGUGCUCUACAGACCAGAAGCAGCACUCAUGUGGAUGUGAACCCCAGCAGAUAUCCGGGCUCCGUCUACACGACUCAACUGUCUCAGAAGAAGCUUCCUCCGUCUCCUCCUGAGGAUGAUGAUAGCGGUGUGACGAAGGUGGUGGCCAUGUACGACUUCACGGCCAGAGAGAGUUCAGACCUGACGCUUCAUCAUGGAGAGACGUACAUCAUCCUCCACAAACAACACCAGCUGUGGUGGAGAGCCAAAGACAAGCACGG